AUGUAGUAGAAAAAAAGUCCCAAGUUUUUGGUUAAGUUGUUUGAAUUAUUGGAUUCAGAGUAAUAUCGCUAUUUGCGUUGGAGUGAGGAUGGGAGGUCAUUUUAAGUUUGUGACUUAAAAAAACUCGAGAGAUAAGUGUUGAAGGUUUUCUACAAGCAAAAAUCCUUCGCCAGUUUUAUAAGACAAUUGAAUUUGUAUGGAUUCAAGAGAUCCAAGAUUCGCAGAAAUGUGAAUGUGUUUUCUCAUCGUCAUUUUAUUAGAGGUGACAAAGAUUAGCUCAUAAACAUUAUCAGCCACAAUAAAUUGAGAGUUCUGGAAGAAUUGAGCAAUUAAGAUAAUAAUUUAAAGCCACAGAUAUACGAGGCUGAACACCAGUAGUUAACUGAAACUCUGAAGGAUCUCUAGAAUUAAUAAAAAUAAAUAUAAAUCAAAUUUAAUGAGCAAAUACAUUUGUAAACAUAACUAAAACUUCGAAUUCUCUAAAUUAUGAAUCAAAUUAAUAAUCACGAUAUUUCAAUUAAUGUGAAGGCAUAAAAUUCGUAUUAAUUACUUUGCAAAGUAAUGUAAAUUAUACCAAACAAUGAACAACACAAAGAAGAAAUGGCAGUGAUAAAGUACAUUUGCAAAGUGUUUAACGAAUUUCAUAAAGAUUCAGUGACAUCCUUGUUUGAGAGUCCAAAUGAAAGGCUGACUCCUUUGCCCUUUUACUUGCAAGAUUCGGCGGUGAUUCCUAAUCCAUUAGACAUAAAGGUCUAAUAAAAUAAGCUUUCAGAUUAGUUUUAAAUUCAUGCGACAAAAAUAUUUCAGCCCUCUUAAGUGAAGUAAUAAUAAUAUUUGCUGUGA